UCCGGUUUGUUUGUUGGAUGGCAUGUAAAAUAAUCUUGAGUUGGGAAGUAAUUUACUAUGACAACAAACCAAGAUGAUGAAGAGAGUCUGAUUCCAAAAGAGCAGAAAAUGGGCUCAAAGCUUAGGAUCCUUGAAUUUGUUACACGUCUUGUUUUCUCGGUGUUGUCAAAGUUCUGGAAACUGUGUGCAUCUGCAGGAUUAAUUUUGGUGUUGGUUUUCUGGUACUACGGAGGAUUAUUGACCUUUGCACUUCUUCUAGUCGGAGGAUUUAGUAUAUUCUACAAUGCCCAGGACUUACUAUUGUACUACCCUGAGCAGCCUCCUCAGUCCAGAUUGUUUGUCGACAGUCCACAGCGCUUCAACCUGCGCGGAGAAAACCAUUUCAUCACCACCAAAGAUGGUGUCAAAAUUAAUGUGGUGCUUAUUAAACAUUCCAAUCCUAAUGCCCCAACUGUGAUUUAUUUCCAUGGAAAUGCCGGGAAUAUUGGACACAGGUACCCUAAUGUUGGUGAUUUACAUAGAUAUGUUGGGGUGAAUGUCUUGUUGGUUGAGUACAGGGGGUAUGGGAGGAGUGAGGGAUCACCUUCAGAGUCAGGACUGUAUUUAGACUCUGAAGCAUCAAUGGAUUUUUUACUCAGCCGUCCAGAUAUAAAUAAAGACAAAAUAAUAGUGUUUGGCCGCUCACUAGGUGGCGCUGUGGCUGCAUGGUUAGCCAGCAACAAAAAAUAUUCUCCACAUAUAGUAGCACUAGUGUUAGAAAAUUCCUUCACAUCACUUCCAGACAUUGCUAGAUCAAUUUUUGCAGAUUUAUACAUUCUGGAAUAUAUACCUGCCAUUGUAUUUAAAAAUAAGUAUCCUACAGUAAAUCGAAUUCAGAAGAUUACCAUUCCAACGUUAUUUUUGUCAGGACAAGGGGACAAACUUAUCCCUCCACGUAUGAUGUCAAAACUACACAGUGUUUCUGGUAGUUCUCUUAAAAGAAUAAUCAGAUUUCCUGAUGGAACACAUAAUGAAACCUGGAUGUCCCAGGGCUACUAUCAAGCAUGGAUUAGUUUUUUGCAGGAAGUGUUCAGUUCAAAGAGAAAGAUUGGUACUUCUGCAGGAGGAAGUAGAGUGGUGGAUCUGUGAAUUCCUAUGCAAUAACAACAAGUUAACUGUGGGUGUUCUUACUCUGUUAGAACUCCCUCUUAAUCACCUAUCUGUGAUCAAUUAUUUGAAUGACAUAUUUAUGUCUUCAGAUUAUUCCUUAAUUCUUAAUUUUGAAAAAAUCAUGAACAUGCAGUUAUU